CCAGGGUUGAGCUUAUUCAGUCUGCAAGACGACCUAAUCCCAACGACGUGCUCCGGAUGUAUCCCUGUGCUGAAUCGUCGUGAAUCGUUUACAAUCUUCCGAGUCAGCGACAUGCGCGAAACCUUGAAGAGCGGCAGUAAUCCACGAAGAUGUCUACAGGAAUUGUUGUGUUUCUGUGCUUACUCGGGCUGAUCUGUACAAAAUGUUUUGAGUUUCCCGAUCAGAAGCGGAUAUCGGAGAGGAAAUGUGAUGAAUACCGGCAGUUAACGGUGAAAACGUCGGCCCUGCUUACGCUCUCCCUUCGGCCAACAAAGAUAAAAUUCGAUGACUACAAGUGCCCCAAUACGGUGGAUUUAAUUGUGGGCGGGGAACGAGCUCGAGUUGGGGAAUUCCCCCAUCAGGCUCUGCUUGGAUACCCCUCGGAUAAUAACAAGAUCGAAUUCAAGUGUGGUGGAUCUCUGAUCAGUAAUCGAUUCGUUCUAACGGCUGCCCAUUGCUUGAAAGGAAACGAUCUGCCGACCGUGGUGCGAUUGGCGGAGCUGGAUCUAAGUGUCGAAGACAAAGAUCAGGUGGACUUUGACGUGGAGAAAGUGAUCAAACAUCCGGAGUAUUCGUCAAGGCAAGCGUACAACGACAUCGCCCUGGUGAAGCUAGAUCAGGAUGUCUAUUUCACGAAAAUGUUGCGUCCAGCAUGUCUCUGGACCUCUUCAGAACUUAAUAUGACUCAGGCUAUAGCAACAGGGUUUGGACGUACAGAUUUUGGUGGCACUUCUUCGGACCAAAUGCUGAAAGUACAGCUGGACGUGUUCGAUGCUUCAGCAUGCGGUUACCUCAAUUCGAUGGCAACAAAGCGGAAGUUUCCUCGUGGUGUUAUCAGCAGCCAAAUUUGUGCCGGAAGUUUGCGGGACAAUAGGGAUACCUGCCAGGGAGAUUCCGGAGGCCCACUAGAGGUGGUAACCGAUCAGAAGGGGUGUACCUUUCACAUCAUUGGAAUCACUUCAACUGGAGCGGGUUGUGGAUCGGCGGUGCCGUCGAUUUAUACAAGAGUAUCUAGUUAUAUUGAUUGGAUCGAAAGUAUUGUUUGGGUAGGGGACGCCUGAGGGAUCAUUGACGAGUUUAGUUUUAAAUGGAUCAUUUUGAAAGUGAUUUGAUUUCAAAUUAAUGGUUUAUUCGAUAUUAAUUAAAAAAAUAAGGUAUAUUAAAACUCAA